AUGUCAUCAGGUGAUUCAAAUUCAGAGAUCAACCAACGCAUUGAAAGAAUUCAAAAUCACACAAACGUACAGGGUCUUAUUUUAGUAAACACAGAGGGUAAUCCAAUUCGUUCGAAUAUGGACAAUUCAACCUCACUACAAUAUACGCGACACGCGGAAGAGUUGAAGACAAUGACACAGCAUGUAGUACGAGAUCUUGACCCACAAGACGACUUGCUUGUACUGCGACUUCGGACCCGUUUAAAUGAAGUGAUUAUAUUACCAGGUAGGUGCAGCACCAUGUACGACUUAAGCGUUCUCAUUCAUCCGAAGUGA